CCACAGUAGAGCCCGGCCGGACUCCCAGCGUCCACACAGUGCUCGCAGUGGCAGGCCAUCACACCCUCCCCCUCGCGCAUCUAUAAAUUGGCCUCCCGGUCGCUCCUGGAGCUCUCACACAGCAGCACCACAGCGAGCUAACUUAGCAAGCGUGCCACACUCCCCAGAGAUCGAGCGAAGAUGUUUGGCGUCGGCGGCAUCGUGAGCGACCUGACGGGGGGCCUCCGGGGCGCCCACCUCAAGGGCUCCGUCGUCCUCAUGCGCAAGAACGCGCUCGACUUCAACGACUUCGGCGCCACCGUCAUGGACGGCGUCACCGAGCUCCUCGGCCGCGGCGUCACCUGCCAGCUCAUCAGCUCCACCAACGUCGACCACAACAACGGUGGGCGCGGGAAGGUGGGCGCGGAGGCGAACCUGGAGCAGUGGCUCCUGCCGACGAACCUGCCGUUCAUCACCACCGGCGAGAACAAGUUCGCCGUCACCUUCGACUGGUCGGUGGACAAGCUGGGGGUGCCGGGCGCCAUCAUCGUCAAGAACAACCACGCCUCCGAGUUCUUCCUCAAGACCAUCACCCUCGACAACGUGCCCGGCCGCGGCACCAUCGUCUUCGUCGCCAACUCAUGGGUCUACCCGCAGGCCAAGUACCGCCACAACCGCGUCUUCUUCGCCAACGACACGUACCUGCCGCACCAGAUGCCGCCGGCGCUGAAGCCGUACCGCGACGACGAGCUCCGGAACCUGAGGGGCGACGACCAGCAGGGGCCCUACCUGGACCACGACCGCGUCUACCGCUACGACGUCUACAACGACCUCGGCGACUCCCGCGACGUCCUCGGCGGCUCCAAGGACCUCCCCUACCCGCGCCGCUGCCGCACCGGCCGGAAGCCCUCGGACAGCAAGCCCGACCACGAGAGCCGGCUGCUGCCGCUGGUGCAGAACGUCUACGUGCCGCGCGACGAGCUCUUCGGCCACCUCAAGCAGUCGGACUUCCUGGGCUACACGCUCAAGGCGCUGGUGGACGGGAUCAUACCGGCCAUCCGCACCUACGUCGACCUCUCCCCCGGCGAGUUCGACUCCUUCGCCGACAUCCUAAAGCUCUACGAGGGCGGCAUCAAGCUGCCCAACAUCCCCGCCCUCGAGGAGGUGCGCAAGCGCUUCCCGCUCCAGCUCGUCAAGGACCUCAUCCCCAAGGGCGGCGACUUCCUCCUCAAGCUCCCCAAGCCGGAGAUCAUCAAGGUAGACCAGAAAGCGUGGAUGACUGACGAGGAGUUCGCCAGGGAGAUGCUCGCCGGCGUCAACCCCAUGAUGAUCAAACGGCUCACCGAGUUCCCUCCCAAGAGCACUCUGGAUCCGAGCAAGUACGGCGACCACACCAGCACCAUGACCGAGGAGCACGUGGCCAAGAGCCUGGAGGGCCUCACCGUGCAGCAGGCGCUCGCCGGCAACAGGCUCUACAUCGUAGACCAGCACGACAACCUGAUGCCGUUCCUGAUCGACAUCAACAACCUCGACGCCAGCUUCGUGUACGCCACAAGGACGCUGCUCUUCCUGCGAGGGGACGGCACGCUGGCGCCGGUCGCCAUCGAGCUGAGCUCGCCGCUGAUCCAGGGCGACCUGACCACCGCCAAGAGCGCCGUGUACACGCCGCAGCACGCCGGCGUGGAGGGCUGGAUAUGGCAACUCGCCAAGGCCUACGCCUCCGUGAACGACUACGGGUGGCACCAGCUCAUCAGCCACUGGCUCAACACGCACGCCGUCAUGGAGCCCUUCGUCAUCGCCACCAACAGGCAGCUCAGCGUCACGCACCCGGUCUACAAGCUCCUGCACCCGCACUACCGCGACACCAUGAACAUCAACGCGCGGGCGCGCGGGCUGCUCAUCAACGCCGGCGGCGUCAUCGAGAUGACCGUGUUCCCGCACAAGCACGCCAUGCCCAUGUCCUCCAUGGUCUACAAGCACUGGAACUUCACCGAACAAGCUCUCCCCGCCGAUCUAAUCAAGAGGGGCAUGGCGGUGGAGGACGCAUCGAGCCCGCACAAGGUGCGGCUGCUGAUCAAGGACUACCCGUACGCGACGGACGGGCUGGCCGUGUGGGACGCCAUCGAGCAGUGGGUGUCGGACUACCUGACCAUCUACUACCCCAACGACGGCGUGCUGCAGGGCGACGUGGAGCUGCAGGCGUGGUGGAAGGAGGUGAGGGAGGUCGGGCACGGCGACCUCAAGGACGCGGCGUGGUGGCCAAAGAUGCAGACGGUGGCGGAGCUGAUCAAGGCGUGCGCCACCAUCAUCUGGACCGGGUCGGCGCUCCACGCGGCCGUCAACUUCGGGCAGUACCCCUACUCGGGCUACCACCCCAACAAGCCGUCGGCGAGCCGGAGGCCGAUGCCGGUGCAGGGGAGCGAGGAGUACGCGGAGCUGGAGCGAGACCCGGAGAAGGCCUUCAUCCGCACCAUCACCAGCCAGUUCCAUGCCCUGGUGGGCAUCUCGCUCAUGGAGAUCCUCUCCAAGCACUCCUCCGACGAGGUCUACCUGGGCCAGCACGACACGCCGGCGUGGACGUCGGACGCCAAGGCGCUGGAGGCGUUCAAGCGGUUCGGGGCGAAGCUGGAGGGCAUCGAGAAGCAGGUGGUGGCCAUGAACUCGGACCCGCAGCUCAAGAACCGCACCGGGCCGGCCAAGUUCCCAUACAUGCUGCUCUACCCAAACACCUCCGACCACACGGGACAGGCCGAGGGGCUCACCGCCAGGGGCAUCCCGAACAGCAUAUCCAUCUGAUCUGAGCACGUCCGUCGUCGAGACCUCAUGCUUUUGUGCUAUCCUUGCUUGCUUACACCGGAGCUAGCUUGUGUGUGUGUGUGUGACAGAGAGUUGUGCCGGUGCAUGAAUAAUUAAGGCAAUAAGGGUGCGUGCACGACGGGUCUGAUCGGCAUGCGGAAGCUCAGCUCAGCUGGCUACCGGUCAAUGCAUCGUCGUGUGCAGAAAAAAUCCCUUGUUUUGCCCAAUAAUGAAGUCGAUGGUGUGAUGUUCCCUCC